AUGUCCUUUACCACCCGAACCCGCCUCGCUGCGGGCCCUUCAUUGGACACCCUCAUCGCCAUCACCUAUACCAAGCUCGACACCUUGUCCCACCUCCUUUCGGGAAACAAGGACGAAUCGGACCUUUUGCGUCGGGGCGUGUUGCUCCAAAACGUACUCGAACGGGGCGUAGAUGCCAGGGAGAAGGAGAGAAAGCAGAGGACGGAAGAAAGCAUCUUCGGGAUGACCAGGAGGAAAAGCAGUGCCACCACAGGAGGGUGGAAAGGGGCGGCUUUUGAAAGUGGUAUGGACGCUCUCUUCGAGCAGGACGGUGAUGAGGACGAGGACGAGGAAGAUGACGAUGAUGCCAUCGAGAUCGUCUGCCAGCCGAGCCACAUCAAUUCGGACCACGACACAGCACAGGUCAUGGAUCCUACCCAAUUUACCAUGACAAGUCCGGUUGAGGAAGGGGAAGAGGCUUGGUUUGAGGAGACUUGGAACGAACUUCAAUCCAUGACCUCGCCCGAACACAAAUCGAUCGCCAUCACCAUCAUGGAUCAGGAGGCCGAGGUCUACCCGAUCGAGGACGACGAUUCGAUUUUCUCCGCUUCGACCUCGGAGCCUUCGAGCAGGAGCACCACCCCAUCUCCUCCGCCUUUCUUCUUGGCCCACGAUAUCGCGCUGCCUCCCUCGCCGAGGCUGAAGGCGACCAAGAUCGCCGACAAGUUGGACGGGCCCAUGGAGAAGGGCACUCUCGCCCCGGCUCUCGAAUGCGCAAUCAGCGUCGAGCAGGUCCUGCUCCGCUACGAGAUCUUUGAAGACGAGGAGGAGGCAGAGCUCGACAGUAUCGACCUACAAGGCGUCAACCAGUCUACCGACUCUGUCAACAGAGACUAUCUGGAUGUAGAUGACGUACCCGAUUUCGAAACCGAUUUCGAUUCAGAUGAAGACGAUCGUGACGAGGCUGGACAUGAUCGCCAAUCUCAUACGCCCUGGUUGGUCACGCCCACCGAGGACGUCUUGGAUGACUUCGGAUCUGGAGGUUCUUUCGAGGAUCUUCACCAGUACGGUUUCGAGCACUCGGAUGAAGAAGGAAUAUACGCGACCGAUGGGAAGAACCGCCAGCACGAACCAGAGCGAAGGAUGAUUGAAAUCCUAUUGCCAGGCUUGUCCGCUGCCGGCUUGCGAUACAUGACGAUAUAUAGCCAGUACUGCAGGCAAGUGCUAUGUUGUCAGCAUGGUGAUUGUAGCGCUGUAUCGAUAUGGCAAGGAUGUCAGUCGUUGGAGAUCGAUGAGCCGAUGAAGUGCCCAUACCAAUUCUUGAAACGAUCCUUGCUCCUUGAGCCUGAACGGACAGGAAGCGCUACUCCAACGUAA